CUUUUGCGGCCCAUCCGGAGAAAGGAGGCGAGUGCCUGAACGUAAAACACAAUUGUGCUGCCGCUAGGUUUAAAUGUCAGUAAGAUUCAGCAGUAGACACGGAAGGGAUUGCUAAAGAUAAAGAAUGGAGAAACAUCUUGAGGAGGAGAUUGAUGAUGUUCUAGAUUUAGACCAGGCCCCAGUGAUGAGAUCUUGGGGGUCUCUGAUGGACCUUAGAGAGGGAGAAGAGUCAGAAGGAGAACCAACAGAUGUGGAAGAAAAGGAGAAUGAUAAAUUAGAUCAAGCCCCAGUGAUGAGGUCUUGGGGGUCUCUGAUGGACCUUCAGAAUGGAGAGAAGGCAGAAGGAGAAGAACCAUCAGCAAAGGACUGUAGUCCACAAUUGGAUCUCCCACAUUCAGAGAUGAAAGAGGAGAAGAAUGAUGAUAAAACAGACCCAGCCUCAGUUAUUUGUUCGGGGUCUGUUACAGAUCUGCUGAUAGAAAAAGAGCAGGAAGUUGAGGCAGAUAACAUCGAUAAAGAGAAAUCAGAUGUCCUGCCAACAAAAAGUGACACUGAUUCCACCAAAUCAGAAGACAAAGGGGCUGUCGGAAAGAAUACAAUCAUCUUUCAGAACACCACUCGGGUAUGGAAGCCCAAGUUGCGGCGCCCAACUUUUGUCAACCAAAACUUUACACCAAGUUUGAAAAAAGGCGAGAUAGAGCACCCAACUGCUGAUACCACCAAAGCAGACUAUGGGCCUGUCAACUGCACGCCAAGAUGCAAAAAUGCCCAGUUAGAGCGCCCAACUGCUGAUACCACCAAAGCAGACUAUGGGCCUGUGAACUGCACGCCAAGAUGCAAAAAUGCCCAGUUAGAGCGCCCAACUGCUGAUACCACCAAAGAGGACUAUGGGCCAGUCAAAAGAAAAAGAGACAUGAGCAACAUCAAUAUGGAAGAAAGAGGCUGCCUGCCUAAAAAGAGAAAGACAGGCCACAUCAAUAUAGACGAAAGAGGCGGCAUGCCCAAAAAUAUGGACGAAAGAGGCGGCAUGCCCAAAGAUAUGGAAGAAAGAGGCGGCAUGCCUAAAAAGAGAAAAAUAAGUAAGUUGUUGGCUGUUAUUAAUUCACAGUUCAUUUUGUUUAGAGAAUCUAAAAACAUUUGGAACCUUGACAUUUCAAUAUUAAGGAAGUUAAUGCUCUGCGACCCCCUCCUAUACACAAAACUAUUGGAAUCGGCGGAAUUGAGAUUGGAAUUGCCGACAUGCAGGGCUGUGAUCCUUGGCUUGACUAUGUAACUACUGACUACUACUAUUACUGACUACUACUAUCUGUACAGGGAUUAUAUGCUGUCCCUGUGCUUGCAUGAAGUUCAAGGCAAUAACACGAGUAGAUGAAGUUGAGAAAGCCAUAUAGAGCAUAUGCUAUUACUUGAGAAAUGGGAAUGUAAGCUCUGCAGAGUAAAUGGGGAAACAUUCUAUAUAAUAAUAGUUCCAAGUCCAAAGCAUUCUGAAUAACAAGUCCCAUGCCUGUACCUGUUGAUGCUAUAAUGUUCUUAGAUACAACGUGCAUAAAUCAAGCUAUAUGCAGAAAUAACCUUUAUUCACAAUGCAUUACUAUCUUGUGAUUUUUAGCCUUUGAAAAAUUCACCCCAAAGAGAGAAGAGAGGAAAAGAGAAAGGCAACAUCAUUGGAACCG